AUGACGGCGCCCUCCAAUUUCACCACCUUUCAAGAUGUACAACCGCAUGAUGCGCAUCCGUCUUUCGGCCAUCUAAUCCUGCUGGUCUUCGGCGCUGUGCUGGAAGUUGUCUGCGUUAGUUUGCCAGGCUACAUCAUUGCGCGCUUGGGCUACUUCGAUGCCGAGAAGCAAAGAUUCCUCGCAGACCUUAAUAUGAUGCUUUUCACUCCAUGUCUAAUCUUCACGAAACUUGCAUCUCAACUAAACCCCGACAAAUUGGCUGACUUGGGUAUCAUCCCUAUUAUUUUCGUAAUCCAAACAACUAUCUCAUGGCUGGUCUCUCGAGGAGUUGCAAAAUGCUUUGGCUUUGGCCGACGUCCCCGCAAUUUCGUCACGGCUAUGGGCGUCUUUGGCAACUCGAAUUCUCUGCCUAUGUCCCUUGUCAUUUCAUUAUCGCAGACACUCAAGGGACUUCAUUGGGACAGGAUACCUGGCGAUACCGACGAUGAGGUAGCCGCGCGUGGUAUCUUGUAUCUCCUAGUCUUCCAGCAGUUGGGCCAGCUGGCCCGGUGGACGUGGGGUUUAAAGGUUCUGCUCGCACCGAAAUCUGCGUACGAAGAGUACAACGACGAGGCAGCCGAGGAAGGUCGCUGUCACGAGGAAGCUCAAAACGACGGAGAGAUCCAGUGUUUGCUCGACGGCGUCGAUCCCUCCCAGGAGACGGACGAACUCGACCGCUUUGUCUACCAGCACCGUCCUGACAGCCCAACGCAUACGGACAACGCACAUAGCAUUUACGAACCAGCCGGUAGUACACCGAUCGCAGGCGGGUCAAGAGCCUCCCCGAACGAUUCGGAAGAUGACGAGCACGGAUCUGUUUGGAAGAAGAAGAGCCUUAACGGCUACGGCAACACCCUCGGUGAUGAUUUGCAGCCUCACUUCUUCCCCCGCCUUCGCGCCAGCGACAAUCCCGAACCUCCGGAAGGCAUCAAAAGCGUUCUGGUACGCAUGCGUCGGGCCCCGGGCAAGGUCUGCGCCAGGAUCUGCCAGUCCAUCAGUGCCGUCUGUUGUUGCGUGUAUGACACGCUCCCGCGGCCUCUUCAGGUGUUGAUAUCUUUCUGCGCCCGGAUUGUCCGGUCUGUCUACAGUUUCCUCGUCUGGAUCAUGAGCCCUGCCCUUUGGGCAAUGCUUAUCGGCGUGCUCGUUGCCUCGGUCCCCAAGCUUCAUUCUAUUUUCUUCGACGAAGAGUCCUUCAUGCGCACCAGCGUCACCAGCGCCAUCCAGCAAACUGGUGGCGUUGCUGUCCCCUUGAUCCUCGUCGUGUUGGGUGCCAACUUGGCGCGCGGAACGGAGAUACACGAGGAAGAGUCCGAGAUCGACCCUGAAGAGAAGCAAAUCGGCACGAAGCUGCUUGUUGCGUCGCUGAUUAGUCGCAUGCUGCUGUGCCCUCUUAUCAUGGCACCUAUUCUCGCCCUAUUUGCAAAGUACGUGCCGGUCAGCAUCCUGGACGAUCCAAUUUUCGUCAUUGUCUGCUUCCUGCUUACGGGCGCGCCGAGCGCUCUGCAGCUGGCGCAGAUUUGCCAGUCGAAUCGUGUGUAUGAGACGGUUAUGAGCAAGAUCUUGUUUCAUAGCUAUGUCAUCUGGAUCAUGCCGUCGACGUUGAUCUUGGUGGUGAUGGCGAUGGAGGUUGUGGAGUGGGCGGCUACUUCGUGA